GGUCCGUACGCUGUCAGAGACAGAUCCUUGAGAUUGAUACCUUUCUGUUUUUGACCCGACGGUGUGGGAGAGAAUCUUCACCCCUGAAGCAGGUCAUUGUCUCCACUUCCGCUGCUCUCGCGCUCGCUCCCUGUUCAGAUUUCUGCAUCAGGUUCGUGGGCUUGUUCAUGCCCGGCUCAUCACGAACGAUCUAUAUUUCGCUCCCGACAACCGGAUUUGCGGUCAUGUCGAUCACGGAGACCGUCUGGGUUUAGAGUAGAGCUCUGAAACCAGACGGUGUGUUGCGUUUGAACUGCGUCGACUGAGUUUCGGAACAUCGCCGGUUGGCAGUUCGAUCUACCCGUUGAUUUCGACCAAGCUGCGCAGGCGCAGGCGAGGCAGAGCACGAGUCUCUGAGACCAAUUUGCUGUAAUGGUAGGGGCAGGUGCAGCACCGGUGUGGAAAUGUGUCUCGAGCUCAGGUGAUGCAUGCUGCAAAGUGCCGGAACGGUUGAGCUCCAGGUGUCAACCUCUUAUUCUCGCUACUUGUUCUGCUGAUAUCGACGAGCUGGAAAGAGCAGCCUUAGCUCCUCCGUCUGCCUAGCCGGCACCAGCACGUCGAAAGCUGCAGAAGGGUGAUGAGCUUGGGGUUGCAUUAUUCACAAAAAACGACUGAGUCAAUGAUUGCAGGAUCCCUGCAAUUCACAUGACGGCACGUUGGUGUCUUUGGUGUAAGGAAGAUCGCAGGAGAUAGAGAGAUUAUGAAAAUCAAAAGCGAUGUGGGCUGUGCUACCAGGUUUACUGUUGUAAGAACUAUCUGUCCAAAGAUAGAAAGGCUCAAGAUGCCUGUUCAUCUCUUAGCUACUCAAACUUGAAAUCAGCUGGAGAGCGAUCGUUGAUGGGACGAACCUUCUGGAGUGAAUACGUCAGAGCGUUCCAGUUUCAGUUGGCAUCGGUGUAGCAGUGCAGUUUCACAUAAUCACAUACGGAAAUAUCGUCGGUUGUCAUUGCAACGCUAACACUAGUCUCAGGUUUUAACGUUCAUUUUGAAAUCAGGAGAUUUUGAGCAGGCCCGAGACGACAUCAUCGUAUCGAGAAGCUCGACCAAAUUCAAUUAUCCAACGUCCGCACCCGACAUCUGUCUGAGUGUUUCUCAAAUCCAGGUUACAGCAGCUCCCAUGGAACCGCAUGUCUUAUUGCUCUCCUUUUCCAGCCAGGCACAUAUUGCAGCUUGUUUUAGGAUGGGGGAGGCUCUUUCUUGCAGGGGCGUGACGGUGACAUUUGUUACACUGAGCAAAUACAUCGCACAAAUUCGCAAGUUGUACACAGACGAGCAACUGGAAAAACAGCGAAUCAAUCUGGUGGGUCUUGAUGGCGUUGAAAGAGGCAAUAUAUUUGAGAAAGCGGAGGACUUAAAAUUAUCCUUCAAGCCUUACUUUGAAGAGCUUCUUCGAAACCAAAAGGCAGGAAAGCCUGGGCCAACUUGUGUGAUGGCGGAUAGAUUUCUAUUUUGGACAAAGGAUGUAGCGAUGGAACUGCAGAUUGGUUGGUACCUCUUCUUCAGCAAUGGUUCAAUCGAAGCCCGACUGCACCAGUAUUCACAGAAAUUAUAUUCUGAAGGGUCAUUGAGAAUCUCAGAAGGGACAAUUGUGGGAAUGGAUAACGUGUCGAAGGCUCCUGGUCUCGAGUUUUUAAGAGCUGAAGAUUUGCCAUGGUCUAGAUGGGCUUAUCCUGAAGAAACUAAAAAGGUCGGUGAGUUUAUGGUGGGAGCAGACGGCUUGGUGCUUAACACUUUUGAGGAAUUGGAACGAUCAGUUGUCAACUCCUUACGAGAAAACUUGGCAAGUGGUUCGCAUAGGGACGCACUUGUUUUCACCAUCGGGCCGCUGUCAAGUGAAUGCAAUUUCUCCGUCAAGUCAGAGCAAUCUGACGGACUUUCUACUUCACCCAAGCAAGCCCACAUUUCGUUUUUGGAUCAGCUCGAAGAUGAUGGGCAGAAAUGUGUCAACUGGCUUAAUCAACAGCCUCCUUCCAGCGUCCUUUACGUGUGCUUCGGCACCGUAUUCUCGCUCGAGCAACGACAAAUUGAAGCACUAGCUGUUGCACUAGAGGACAGCCAGGAGAGGUUUGUGUGGGUUCUUCGUCGAGACUCAACCGACGCUGAAGAUGUGCUGCCUCCAAAUUAUGAAACUCGCAUCGGCGAUCGAGGCUUGGUCCUAGGCGGAUGGGUACCCCAACCUCAACUGCUCACUCACCCCUCCAUAUGGGGUUUCCUGUCACACUGUGGUUGGAGCUCUUGCCUCGAUAGUGUCAAAGCAGGAGUUCCAGUCCUGGCUUGGCCUCAAGGAGCUGACCAGCAUGCUAACGCCAGAUUACUGGAGUCUGUAUGGAAGACUGCCAUACUAAUUACGCAAAAAAAGGGAGAUGCAAUGUUCCAUCAAGUUGCAGCCGACGUUACGGGAAAAGAGCUGGAUAUGUUUGUUGAUCACGACGAGCUUGAAGCUGGUAUCCGGCUCCUCAUGAGGGGGCAGGAAGGAAGGGACGCCAGGGAGAGGGCCAUAGACCUUAGGAGAAAAGCAAACGCAGCCGUCGACGGUAGCGAUGGAUCGUCAGUCGUCAGUUUGCAACGAUUGGUAGACCACAUACAAACUCUUCGCGCUUAGACGCUUGUCCCUGUGCUCCCUGUGUCCUUCGGCGUAAUUUGACUUGUGCACCACGUGAAACAAAGACAGUCACCUGCUCUCAUCUCGUUGAGGAAACAGUGAGCUGUCCGAGCAAUCAUCAUAAUGUAAUGAUAGUCACGGACGGUGGACUUCAGCCAAGCAGAGAGACUUUGCAAAACCUGGAGGUGAUUAGGCGCGGAUUAUUUUUUCAACAUGAAGAUGGUCCAGACUUUAUCCAACAGGGGAUGCAUACUCUACCCAACAGGGAAGAGUCGUGCACUUGGAGCAGGUGCCAACUUUUCCACUUUAGAGUGUAUAGUAGUAUAAGUAGAGAGCUUCGGACAUCGUUCCUCAACCUCAACAACACCCAUUGUAUUUGUUUUUUAAUAUCAAGACACGG